AUGGGUAACAAUAGAGAGCAACCACUGCGGAAAUCAAGACCUCCCGACACUGCUCUGGAUGCCUCAACAUCUACGGCACAUACCUACGACUACCCUAGACACCUCCAGACACUUGCUCAAGAUCUAGGAUGCCUGCAGGGAGCAUUUGUGCUCAGCGCACCCGUGGACCCUGGCAACCCCGAUCCAAAUCCUGCACCAGUGCAACGGAACAUUCCCAUACCAAAAAUGGAGUAA